GCUAGAAGGCCAGAGUGGGAAAAAGGAAAAAAACUUUGGUGCUGUGAAAACACUACUCAGCAGUAGGUAAAACAUUGACCCUGUUUUAGUCCCAAAGCCACAACAUAGCACCAUUCUGGGUGCUCUGAGUUAGUUAGUUAUAUUUUAUUUGUUACAUGUUAGUUAGUUACAUGUUAGUUAUAUGCUCUAAGUUAGUGAGCUAGAUGUUAGUGUCAUCCCCUUCCAUCCCAUCCCAGUACCAUCAGUACUGCAUCAGAUUCCAAUUCUGAAUCAUGGAGCUGCCACAUGAACAUGGGAAGCAGGACAUGCACAGUUAUGGAAUGAGGGACAGAGAGUGAUCAGCAGUUGAGCACAGAAAGGCAGGACUGGGGCUUGUGCUUGUGUGUUUGUUUGUUUGUUUUGGUGGGGCUUUUUUUGUGACUGCCUUUAAAUUCCUGUCUCACAAGCACCAGAUGUGGUUUUUGCUCUUACUAAGCAGUGCACAUCAAAGGGUAUUAAAGGUUCACAGUUGUGGUCAAAAUAGAAAAUGAGGAAUAUGGUAGAGGCACAGGUAAAAGUAAAAAAGAAGCAAAAGCAGUAGCAGCAAAAGAAACGUGGAAAAUUAUUAAGAAACAGCCUAAGAGUCCCUCAAAUAUGGAAGCUGCAGAGUUAACAACAACUCAAACAACCUCAUCACCUGCACUAGACAAAGAUUAUGUCAGCCUAUUAAAUGUUUUUUCACAAAGGACGCAUCAAGACGUUGACUAUCCUAGGAAAACUCGUACUGGAGAUGCCCAUGCUCCCACGUAUUCUGUUAGCUGUACAAUUAGUGGUGUUUUGUAUGGAAGGGGCACUGGACCUUCCCUAAUUGCUGCAAAACAAGCUGCUGCAAAAGAAGCAUAUGAGAAGAUGGAAACUGAAAGAUCUAAUGGCAGUUGUACACUUAACAAAUGUAGCAAUUUCUCUGAAGUGUCAACUGGGUCUGACUCAGAAAACAGCAUUUGCUUUGAUGACCCAUCUGCACAGUUGGUAGAAAAAAUGAAAGACAUGACAAUGUCUGAAAAGCCUUCACUUUUUCAGAGAAACGCACAAAAUCCUGUCCUGAACAAAAGAAAAUUGGCAGCUAAUUUUGCUAAUUUAAGAAACAAGGAAGAGGAAAAAAAAAGGUCAGAUUCAAAUGAAAGUUCACCAGAUGUGGACACAAAUGCUGGAGAAGAGAAUGGGAGUCCACACACUGUCAAUGAAACAUUUCUCUCUCUUUUCGAAAAAAUAGAGGUUAUUGGUGCAGGUGGUUUUGGGAAUGUUUUCAAGGCAGUAUCCAAGUGUGAUAAGACAGCCUAUGCAAUCAAGCGAGUUGAAUUCACAGAGAAAGUGGAACGGGAAGCACAAGGACUUGCAAGACUUACACAUGAGAACAUAGUGCGGUAUCAUUGCAGCUGGAAAGGGUACGACCGUAUAAAGGACCCGGACUCAAGCCAAAAUUCAGACCAAAAAAUUUGCUGUCUUUUCAUCCAAAUGGAAUUCUGUGAACAAGGAACAUUGGAAAACUGGAUUGCAAAAAAGAGAGAAGACCGAAAGUACCAUGCAGUGGCACAAACCAAAUUUUUACAAAUAGUGAAAGGGGUGGAAUAUAUUCAUUCUGAAGAGUUAAUUCAUCGAGACCUCAAGCCUCAGAAUAUAUUCAUAUCACACAAAGAAAAAAUAAAAAUAGGUGACUUUGGUCUUGUGACUUCUGUGGCAUUUGAGACUCUAACUGAGGACAGAGGAACAAAAUCAUAUAUGGCACCAGAACAGUCUGGGGCCAGAUAUGGAAAGGAAGUAGAUAUUUAUGCACUGGGAUUAAUUUGGUUUGAAAUUCUUUCGGCAUUCACUUACCAUGAAAAAGCUAAGGUAUGGCCUUCUGCUAGAAAAGGUGAGCUUCCAGAGUGCUUCAUGAAAAAAUUUCCAUCAGAGGCAUCCAUAAUCAAAAGGAUGCUUUCAACAGACCCUUCGGGAAGAAUCACUAUAUCUCAUUUACUCGACCUUGUUAAGUCUGUUGGUGAAGAGAAGGAACUUAGAAAUUAUUCUUAUUAAAUGUCCUUUCAUACUGUGUUUAAAUACAGAGUUUGAUGAAUUUAUUACAGUUGAUGAAAUGACAACAGAUGUCAGAAGCAACAGCGAGACUUGGGGUGUGUCUUUUCCAUGGCUACAUCACCAUUCAUGUCUGCCAGCUGCAACCAGGACAGGACACUUCUGCAAAAAAUCACACUCAGUUUUUACCUGGAAACAUAGGUUUUCAUGGAUGAGCUGGACUAUUUUGUACAAUAAGUAAUAGAACCUAGUCCUUUUCCCCUCAAAGAUUAUGUUGAUGUGGUAAAGUGCUAACUGGGUUGUGGCAAAUCCCUGCAUGUGCUGCAUCCAUUAUCCCUUAAGGUUAUCUAUUGCUUUCCAUGGAAGAAGUGCUGUCAGGUGCUAUGUGACUCAAACCUUUCUGCUUUGUUCAGUGAUAUUGUUAAUAAUUACUGGAAUGCUCCCAUUAAUAACAAGACUAGUUCUGGCAGAAAAGAUACUAGGAAUAGGUGCAUGUUAUUCUUCACUGAAUUUCAGUACUUUGAGGUGUGGUUUCUUAUCUCUUCACAGCUGCUGAUGACCUAACACCUUCAGUGCUCUAGAUUUUAAAUUUGUAAAAUGAGGAUUUCUUAAGAAUUUAAAUGUUAAGUAUUCAGCUUCUAGGACAUCUAAUUUAGAACAAACCUCAAUUUUUGAAAACUUUAUGUUUUGAUGGUUAUCUUUUUUGGAAAGGAACAUUCACGGUGCUAUUAAUACAGGAAAAUUCUUCAAUUGCCUCAGUAGUAACCACUGGAAAUCCUAGGCUGAGAGAGUACUUUAAACAUUCCCAUGCUUCUAGGUUUUAGUCCCUUACUGUAAUACUGAGGCAUGCCUGACCCUUAAUAACUGUACUGAGUACCUCUGGUGUGUACCACAAAAAGGCACAGCAGGUUCUCUGCUACUCUUCUUUUAUAUCCUUCAGAGUUUAGCCUCACCUGAACUUGAAGUACUGUGUGUGGUGCAGGGAACAGAGUGAAAAGACAGGCACAUUUGGGCCUUCAGGAGCUUGUCUUUGAGCUCUGUCUUGUCAAACUGUUCAUUGACAUGGUGCCAUCACAUAUUACCUAUUUUUUUGCUUUGAAAUCUCUGCUCAUUUGCUUAAUGGCAAACGAGCAGAGAUUUCAAAGCAAAAAAUAAGUAAUAUGUGAAGUACUGUAUGCUUUUUCUGAAAUGUUAAAUGGAUUAAAAGUGGGUGACUUCUCUGAAAGAGAUAAUACAAAUGAGUGUAUUUGUAUUCUUAAGAAAAUUACUGAUGUUCUGGUGCAAGUAUUUAUUGCUAAAUAAGAAUGUGAUUGUACAUUUUUAAGGCCUUA